UAUUUGCACGUAUAUAUUUAAGAAAUUAAAAUGGCUGAGGUUAAUGAUGAAGUUAAUAAUGAUAAAGUUGAUAAUGAGAACUUGCAAGUCCGCGAAAUAAUGCCGGCAAGAAAUAAUGACAAAGUUGAAGGUGAAGAGCAAGAAGACGAACAAGUUGAUGAAAUACUUUCUGAGAGUAAUGAAAAAAUAUCUGAGACUGUUCUAAACAAAGUUAUGCACGAUAAGGUUACAAAGGAAAAAGUGCACGAAGUUGAUUUAACAGACGGUAAUGUCACCGGAGAAUUGAAUAAAAAUAAUAAUUAUAGAGGAUACGGGCAAGAAGCCGAAGGAGAGACGAGUAAUUUAAAUCGUUUUGGAGAAGGCUCCGAAGUAGGUAAGGACGUUAAAGUUAAUGAAAGUAAACAUAAAAUAUUUAAAUGCUGCGCAGACAAUUUCUGCGAGUUGGUGUCUCGUCGCAAAGAGCGCAAUGAAAAAUUGACGAGACGUCAGAUCGAAAUAAGCAACCGUUUGGCGACGUUGGAAACCUGGCUGCCGAUGGUUACUUUCAACAGGGUGAUGAAGGGCGACGUCGAUCCUCAGAAUAUCGUCAAGUGUAUCGAGGAACAGGCGGCGAUUAUGUCAUCGGUGACAGUGAAUGCUAAUAAGAGGAAACGUGAGGGCGCUCACGAGAUUGGCGGUCUCGAAGCCGAACGGAAGGAAGCGCUCAGGAAACACGACGAGGCACGUAAAGUAUUGCACGAAAAGCAAUUGGAAUUGAAGAAAGUUAAUGAACAAAUUGAGGAUGCCGGACGGAAACAAGAGGAAUUGCAGCGUAUGAUUGAUGAGGAGGAAAAAAAUUACGAGGAAAAUUCGAAACCGGGUAUUGGGGGCGGAAGUAAAAGUGAGUCUCAGUACUCGUUUUGCUCGGAUGACCUCGAGUACUUGACCAAAUUGGAGGAAUUUAUUAUUGGGGAGCGGAAAAUUAAGAAGGAACUGGAAGAACUGGAGGCCAAGGAAGCCGUUUACAUGAAAAUAUUGAAGGCCAGUGAGGAAAGUUGGAAGGAAAACGCGGGGAAGCCCAAAAAGGGCCUAGAUGUUGAUGGUAAUGCCGGCAGUGCUGCUCUGAAUGUUGAUGUAGAUAAAUUACGUGGUCAAUUGGAAGUUAAAUCGUCGGCGAAUCAACAGCUUGCUGAUCGGAUUUGUCAGUUGGAAGACCAGAUUGAAAAUCUCGAGAGCAAAUUACGUAAUUGCAAUCACCAGAUUAUUGAAUUUAGCGAAAAGCACAAGACUGAGCUGGAGAUGGCUGCCAAAUUGGGGGAGAAAAUGAAAACUAAUGGUACGGGUGACAGUGAAAUAAGUGUUAGAGAUAAGGCGACACUUGCUAGAGUUAACACAACAGAUACAUCCUCAGGCAGUAGGAUGAAAAUACGUACCAGCGGAAGUGGGAGCAGUAGGAAAAGAAUGAAAGAUAAAUCUGUAAAUGCCAUUGUAGGAACAAGUUCGAAAAAUACUCUCGCGCGAAUCCAAGUUACUGAUCGUGCUGUGCAAGAUCCAAUUUCAGUAAAUCCAUCUCUGGGUAAAACCAGUCGUACUGCUGAUGAAAAAUCUAUUGGAAAUAAAAAAAUGACGAUUCAAGAGACGUAUGUUUACUCUUCUUUCACGUCUUCUGCUGGGGAAGACAGUAAAUUUAACAGGGAUCCAGACAAUGAAACCGGAGAAGAAACUGUGAAACGUAUUACCACAUUUGACGGAGCACAAACAUCUAAAAGUACAUUAUCGAGCAGAAGAGACAAUGAAUCAUCACCCAGAGUAGAUGGUUCUCGGAGCUACGAUAAAACUUUACAAGAUGACAGUCACGGCAGUGAUAAUAAUCGUACGAAAGAAAUGGAUAGUGUUGGAAGCAGCAAACGUUCUUCAACCCACUCGCAGAAUGAAAAAUUUGAUGCCCUAGUCUUUGGUAAUCCAGAAUCUUUAUUGGACGACAGCUUUACCAGCAAAUCCGCUCGGUUGGAUUUAUCGACGGUUUCGGAAUUGGAAGAGCGUAAUGAUAAAAGUAUUAAUGAGGAAUCUACUCUGUACGAAAGGGAGCUGCCUUUUGGAGAAGCUCAAAAAAAUGGUGAUCCCGAGAAUAAUGAUAGCUUUGUAAGCUUGAGAUCGCAGCUCACUAAAGACCAAACAAAUUAUGAUUUCCCUGAUAUUUCUGAUACAACUAAUGAUCAGUCUACUCGGUACGGUUUGAUGCCGUCUGAACAAAUUGAUGAUGAGUUGCUUUUAUCAUUGAAAUCACGGCUGAGUAAUGAAACUGUUGGCACUGGCGAUUCACCUGAUGAUCAGAGUCAAACUCAUUAUGGUUCAAUCAGAUUUCUAGAAGCCGGAAAAGAUGCUGGGCAACCAGGUGCUGAUGAUCAGUUAUUUGUUUCCUUGAAAUCGCGGCUGAGCAAAGAAGAAACUGAUUACAGUUUUUCUGGUAUCGCUGGUGACAUCGUCGAUCCAAUUGAUCAGAAUCAAAGUAAGUCUAGCUCGGUCAGGUUUAAAAAAGCUCAAGAAAAUUAUGAACCAGGUGCUGAUGAUCAGUUAUUUGUUUCAUUGAAAUCGCGACUGAGCAAAGAAGAAACUGAUUACAAUUUUGGCGACGGGGAUAUUGUUGUCCAUAAAAAAGAAUUGGAAUCAUGGCUACGAAGCCUUCAGUCAACGCUCUCGAUUACCUCGAAAUGCAAAGAAUUUGAUAUUAAAAAGCCAGAAGUUAUUAAAAUUAUUGAAGCAAUAUCCCGGCAUUUAGGGAUUGAAUCGGUGAGUGAUGAUGGAAAGGAAACGAUCCCUGCUACUGGGAAUGCUGUAACCAAGACGACGGCUCAGACCAAUGAAAUUCAAGCACCACCUCACGGAAUGGAUGAAUAUCAAACUCAAGAAGUAAUAGCAGCAAAACCAAUUUAUCUCGAGGACAAAUCCAAAGACUCGUUGAUUAAAAAGGAACGUAGCAAGCCGCCGAAUCUUGAGCUACAGCGAGACUCUGCUCUUUAUAUUGACGAACAAGCGGAAAUGAAAAUGAUUAAAGACUAUGUCGGGUUGCCAUCAGCGGCGUCUACGCCCGUCGAAAAAGAAUUCAAACAAACAGAGCCAGUGCACGGCAACGUUGGUAUCGAUUCGGCGACAUCAAUCCAGCCAUCAGUAUCCAAACAGUCGUCUUGGAAUACCCGAGACCAGGAAGCGGUUCGCUCGGCGUCAAUUAACGAAAAAUCAAUGGACUUGGAAGAAAAUAAACAGAGCAAAGUACGAGUAAUUUUGCCAGAUGACGGAGACAAGUCGAGGGAAAAAUAUGUAAAUGCGGCAACUAAUACAAUUACCGAGAUAACAAUGAAUACUGUUGACGGAGAUAGACGUGAUGUUGGUACUUUAGCAGUACCCUCACUUGCAAAUGAAUCACAAUCAGACGAACCAGAUGGCACAUUAUUAUUGAACGAUAAUACUCAGCAGCACAAGCACCAGAAUCAAGAUGAAACCAACAACUCAGGCGCAGCUUCUAUUGUCCUACCAUCAACUCUGGAUACUAUAUCCGAGCCUCAAGGUAUCACUACUACUACAACAUCGAAAAUUACUAUUGGUACAACAACAGCAACUGCUACUGCUACUGCCAGCGCGGGUACGAGCACAAGCAAUUUAUCUGUAAGAGGUGAAGGUAAAGCUGGAGCUAAAGGGCAUGAGAAGAAGGUUUUAACGGCGGAUCCGAUGCCUGAGGGAGAAAUUUUUAAAGACAUUGAGAAAACCGUCGGAAUAAAGUACAGGACGAAAAUGAAUUCUUCAGAAUCUGAGCGGGCUUUGAGGAGCGGAGAUGUGAACCGUAAAAUCGACGAAACCGGAUCGUGGAAAGAUAGAGACAGAGCACGGAAGGAUGAUCUGAAGAAGAAGAUGAUGGAAUCAAGGGAAAUGAAAGACUUUGAGGACGAUGAGCAGGAGGGGGAGUGGGAGGAUCAAUUGAAAAGGAUGGAAAAGUUGGCCGAGGAUAAAGGAAGAAAAGGCGGGAAAAAAUUUUAUGAGAAUAAAGAAACGCACAUGAAAGAACCCGAUGGAUCGAGCGAUAGAGUUAAAUUUCGAAGGAAUUUUAUUGACAAAUACCCAAUCGCUGUCGGGCAGACGGGUCACUUUUGUGACGAAAAGUUAUCCGUCAGCCCUAAAAAUACCUGCUGUAUUUGUCACGAAACUCGACAGGGCAAAACGCUGACGAAGAGUCAAUACGAGGAAUUAGUGGCCAGAGCGGGAGUAAAUCCCCGUGUUUGUUUAAUAGAGUCAACAUCUGAAUUUAGUGAUCAGCAAAUACAGUCAAGCCGUAAAACCAGCCCGUCAAAAACUACCAGCCCAAGGAAACCCUCUGCGGGCACUCAAACCUCCAAAGUCAGACACCAAGAGCCCAAAGGUUACCCAGAUUUCAGCUGUGAAAUAUGCGAUUGCGACCCAUGUGGCAGCGGUUCUCCCUCGCCAUCGACUAGAAAUUUAUUCAAAUAUAAAUCAAAGUCUGGCUCGCCGAGCCCGAGGUCUGACGACGACAAAACUUUGCGCCGGUCGUGACCGCAAUACUUACCGUACAUUAGCAAGCGUAUGACGACGAGAGCGUAGAUUGUGGUAGCCCCGCAGCUCACCAAUGCUACCCUGCUCGGCUUGCAUUUUAGCCUGAGCCGUGGCUGCCACAGUGGCAAUC